UCACUAUAUAAAUGAGUAUUCAUAUCGUGUGUUCGUAUACCUUUAGAAUUUGCAAAGAGUUCUUGCAAAUUUUCAUUUGAUUAAAAGUAAAUUUAUUUAUUACUCAGUUGCAAAUAUUUUAGGAGUAAACAACAAAUCGGUCCAAUAAAGUCUGAAUCUUAACACAUCAAAAUCGUGUAACUGUUAAUAUAUUUAUUUAUAAUGUCACAAGCAAACACCGAAUCCGAGUUGUCUGAUGCCUUAUCAGGCCUUGUGGUGGAUGAUCUGCUUAGUAGACAUCGCAAACAACGGAAAGAUUUACAGGCUAAAAUACAGGCGCUGAAAAAGACUGCACCCAAGAAUGAUAAAAAGAAGCGCAAAGAGGUGAUGGAAGAAGUUGUUCGCAUGGAGAGUGAUUUAGAGAAAAAACAAGCCAUUGAAUUAGCCGAAUUCGAAAAGGAACAACAGAACCAACAACAAAAUGAAGAACGCCAACAAGAGCAUCCAAACGUGAAAGAAGAAAAGUUAGAUGACGAUUUGGUCAAUGGUGAAGAUGAAGAUGAUGCUAGUGGGACUACACAACGAGUUACUAAAGCACAAAAACGACGAGAUAAGAAAGCGCGUGAAGCCCGACAAAGAGAAGAAGAUAUACGCGCUGCAGCUGAGGAUGCCAAGUCCGCACCAAAAGCUAUUGAAGGGCGUACUAUUCAAUCAAAAUUAUUAGAACGACAAUUGGCGCUACAUAAUAUUCCUUCCGAUGGUGAUUGUCUGUACAAUGCAGUACGCCAUCAGCUAUCUCAACACGGUUUGGCUGCCUACAGCGUGCAAGAGCUGCGCAAAGAAACUGCCAAUUAUAUACGCGCACAUAAGGACUCAUUGAUUUGUUAUAUGACCAAUCCAAAAACUGGAGAUUUGCUUACUGAUGCAGAGUUUGAAAAAUACUGCGAACUAUUGCAUACAACACCAGCAUGGGGAGGUCAAAUUGAACUAAAAGCCUUAUCAUCCAUACUUAAAGUACCAAUUGAAGUGCUACAAGCAGAGGGCCCACCGACUAUACAAGGAGCAGACGAAUUUGCUGGACCUAAUUUAAUAAUAACUUACCAUCGGCAUAUGUACAGCCUGGGUGAACAUUACAAUUCAACAGUGCCAAUCGAACAAGUCUGAAAUACGAAGACCAAUGAAGAGCAAUAAAUUAUCUUUUUUCACUCAUUUGUAAAACAAAUAUAAAACUCAUAAUAAAUAGAAAACAACCAAAUUAAACGAA